CCUCCCUCCUCAUCCUAUAUACCUCUCCACCAUCCACCCACCAAACCCCAUCACUCAUCUCUCUCUCGCUCUCUCUCUCUCUCUCUGACAUUUCUGGUCUUCUCUGUCUGGACAAAAGAUGGGAAGGAAGUGCUCGCGCUGUGGGAACAUAGGCCAUAACUCAAGGACUUGCACGACUUUCAUGGGGGCAGCAAGUGCUUGUGGGCUCAAGCUCUUUGGCGUUCAGCUCGACCCAUCUCCUUAUUCUUCCCCUUCAUCAUCAGCAGCAUCUUGUAGUUCUGCCUAUCCUUAUUCGCUCGCCAUAAGAAAGAGCCUCAGCAUGGAUUGUCUGUCUUCUUCCUCGGCCGCGUCGUCGUCUCCAUCUUCAACUCUAUCCUCACCUAGAGUUCUUGCCGAUGAACGCUGCGAUAAGACCUCCCCCGGUUAUCUCUCUAAUGGCCUCGCCGCUAGAUCCCAAGAGAAUAGAACAGGAGUCCCGUGGACGGAAGAAGAGCAUCGGACAUUCUUAAUAGGGCUAGAGAAGAUGGGGAAAGGCGAUUGGAGAGGCAUCUCUAGGAACUAUGUGACCACGAGAACCCCAACCCAAGUUGCGAGCCACGCCCAGAAGUACUUCCUCCGACAGGCUAGUCUUAAUAAGAAGAAGCGACGGUCCAGCCUCUUCGACAUGAUCGGAAGCGGUUCUAUUUCUAACGAGCAAAACGAACGACCACGCUUGAUCAGAACGAAGAGCUCGCUUCGAUGUGAAGUGAUGCCUCCUCUUGCAAUGAGCUCCUUCAGGCCUGGCGAUGAAGAGAGUGAUGAUCAUGAGCCACACGAUUCAAUUUCAAGACCUGUUUCGUUUUAUGAUUUGGCCAAUCCCUUGGACCUGAAACCAUCAUCACCGUUAAACCCAGUAAUGAAACCACCGAAGUCUCAUACAGCACCUGACCUAGAGCUCACACUGGCUGUUCCAAUGCCAUUAGACCAGAAUGAAACCUCACCUUCCUCUCUUUUCAUUGGAACCAUUCGUGUGACCUGAUCAAGCAACAUGUAUGCAUGUGGUUUCUCUUAUCUCUCUCUCUCUCUCUCUCUCUCUCUCUCUCUCUCUCUCUCUCUCUCUCAAGUCUCAAUGGAUCAAGAAGAUCAAAAGUGCAAAUGCUUCUCAUGUUACUGAUACUUCUGUUUUCUUUUUCCCUUUUCAUACUGAUAGAGGAUGUUAUUAGUGGAUAAGCAGAGAUCUAAAGGGUGAUCAGCACGUUGUCUGUGAAAGUGGAUUUUGAUCAACUCUAGCGUCUAUGACUGUCCAAGACAUGAGUUUUUGAAGUUCACACCUUAACCAGAGCUUCUUCGAUCA